CUCAGCCCAUCACCGGGUGAGCCCAACACAGCACGUCAGCACGGAAAUCCCCCUUUCUCUCCUCCUCCCUCUCGCUCGCUCGCUCGGCCGCCUUCUUCCCAAGCGGCGACGACAGGGGAGUGGCGCCGCCCUUGCCAGUUCUUCGUCGGACGCUUCGCCGGUCCGAGAGUGAGAGGAUAGAUUAAGAAUGGCUGCGCGGAGCACUUCCAUGGCCUCCGAGGAUGACUAUGAGACUGAACAAAAGAAGCAAGCUGCUGCAGAUGUUCUUUUCCACUAUUCACAGUUUGUUAUGGUCUGCAUUGGUGAGGACGUUCGCCCUACUGAUCUCAGGUUGCAUCUUAUGAAGGAAGUUUCAGGAAUGCCCACUUCCUUGAAAAAGGAGCCUCAACAGCCUGCUGCCUCACCGGAUUCCAGCGGUGAACCAUCAUCCUCUGGAACAAUGAAAACCGAAAUCUCCUAAGCUUCAUGAAUUAUCCAGAUCUGAUCUCCUGCUGUUUCUUGUGCACGGAGAAGAAAGUGAUGUUCAGAUGAUGAGGCCUACUUGUAUCAUAGGAAUGUAAAUAUGUUAGCAUCACAUCGUUACCUAGAAUUUGUUCUUGGGACAAUGCAGAUGGAACAUUGGUUGUCAUGUUGCUGUGCUGUUCGGCUGCUUUAUCUUCUGUCGUGUUGUGACAGCCUGGUAGGUGAUGUUUGUGAUUACAAUUCGAAAUCGUACCCAUCUUCAUGUUAGAAUUCAUUCAUAUUCAGGCAAA